AUGCGAGCAGAGAUGGAAACGAGUGAGCACAGCGAAGUAGGAGAAGCUGCCCUGAAGUUAAAGUGGAAGCCGCGGCGCCGAGAUGAACCUGACGGAGAGCGUCUUCCGCAACGGCAGCGCGGCGGGUCUCCUGAGCGACGCCUCCCCGCUGAACGAGGUCAUCAACGUCCUCUCCGUCGCCAUGCUCUUCGUCACCAUGGUCUCCCUCGGCUGCACCAUGGCGAUCGGCAAAAUCAAGGCGCACCUCCUCAGGCCGAAGGGGGUGGGCGUGGCGCUGCUGGCCCAGUUCGGCGUCAUGCCGCUGACGGCCUUCGCUCUGGCCAAGGCGCUGCAGAUGGACCCCGUCAAGGCCGUGGCCGUGCUCAUCUGCGGCUGCUGCCCCGGGGGAAGCCUGUCCAACAUCUUCUCCCUGGCCGUGAAGGGCGACAUGAACCUCAGCAUCGUGAUGACCACCUGCUCCAGCAUCGCCGCGCUGGCCCUGAUGCCCCUGCUGCUCUUCGUCUACUCCAAGGGCUUCAGCGGCCUGGAGAAAGCCGUGCCGUACGUGGGCAUCGUCUCCGCCCUGGCGUUCACCCUGGUGCCCUGUGGCGUCGGCAUCGCCAUUAAUCACUACAGACCAAACUAUGCGCCGGUGGUCAAAAAAGUCGGCCUCACGGCGCUGAUCAUCUGCGCCAUCGUCGUGUUCAGCCUGUCUGGUGUCCUCAUCAAGGACGUCGUGUGGAUGGUCCUCACUCCAGAUGUUCUGCUCGUGGGGGCACUGAUGCCCCUGAUUGGCUUCACGCUGGGAUACGUCAUGUCGGUCAUGUGCAGGCUCAGUCAACAAUGCAGCAGGACGGUCUCCAUGGAAACGGGGUGUCAGAACAUCCAGCUGUGCGUCACCAUCCUAAAAGUGGCCUUUGACCCCGAAGUCAUCGGCCCCAUGUUUCUCUUCCCGCUGAUAUACAUCACAUUCCAGUGCAGCGAGGCGCUCCUCCUGACCCUGUGCUUCAGAUGUUACCAAGCCUUCAAGCCGCCGGCCGAGGAGGCCGUGGACUUCAAACAGGAGGAGGUGAUGCCGGCGUGACGGUUUCACGGGGGACGACCCGGGCCCCGCAGACGGGAAGCAGGGAGAGCUUCACCUGAUACUGGAAGACUGUUGAAGCAUGAGCAAAG